CAAUUUUUUUCACCACCAUCGCAACGCAACCUUCCUCACAAUCCUUUCAUUCUUUCACUCCCCUAAACACACAUAAAAAUAAAAAAAAAUGGCUCUCAAAGCCGUCCACGUCACCGACGUCCCUUCCCUUGAUCUUGUGCCGGAGAAUGCCUCUCUAGCUUUAUGCUCCACCCGCUUCUCAAACGGGGUGGAAAUGAGCCGGAGCCGGUUCAAGAUGCCAAAGUUUGUGGUGAUCGGACAUAGGGGAAAUGGCAUGAACGUCUUGCAAUCUUCGGAUCGGAGAAUGAGAGCCAUAAAAGAAAACUCCAUCAUGUCUUUCAACGCCGCUGCUAAUUUCCCUCUCGAUUUCGUUGAAUUUGACGUUCAGGUGACAAAAGAUGACUGCCCUGUCAUUUUCCACGACGAUUUCAUCCUCUCUGAGGAGAAUGGUAAUGUGUUUGAGAAGAGAAUCCCAGAGCUGUGUCUAUCUGAGUUUCUAUCUUAUGGUCCUCAAAGAGAGCCUGAAAUGGAGGGAAGAGUUUUGCUCAGAAAAACCAAGGAUGGUAGAAUAGUGCGAUGGGAUGUUGAACAAGAUGACUCACUCUGCACACUCCAAGAAGCAUUUAUCAAUGUUGAACCUUCAUUGGGUUUUAACAUUGAGUUGAAAUUCGAUGAUAACAUUGUCUAUGCGCAAGAUCAUCUCGUACAUGUCCUUCAGGCAAUCUUGAAGGUUGUGUUUGAUUAUGCUAAAGACAGGCCCAUAAUUUUCUCAACUUUCCAGCCUGAUGCAGCAUUGCUCGUUCGGAAGUUGCAAAGCACAUACCCUGUAUUCUUCUUGACAAAUGGUGGAUGUGAAGUCUAUGAAGAUGUGAGAAGGAACUCCUUGGAGGAAGCUAUGAAGCUCUGUUUGGAGAAUGAAUUGGACGGAAUUGUCUCUGAGGUUAAAGGCAUAUUUAGAAAUCCUGGAGCAGUAACAAAGAUCAAGGAGUCCAAGCUAUGUCUUCUUACCUAUGGCAAAUUAAACAAUGUUUCAGAAGCAGUUUACCUGCAACAUCUUAUGGGAAUCGAUGGGGUGAUUGUGGAUUUUGUCCAAGAAAUAACACAGGCAGUUGCGGAUAUGAUAAAGCCAACAAAGGUUGGUGGUGAUGUAGAGGGUUUGACUGAAGGGAUUGGGAAGGUGCAGGUGAACUCAAAGCCUCAAUUCUCGCAGCUGGAGCUAUCUUUUCUUUUAAAGCUCAUUCCACAAUUGAUUCAGCUGUAAUGGGAAGAAGAGAAUGCAUUUCGCACGGCUUUUAAUUGAUUUGGCCUUUCACAUACUAGUGAUAGUUUAGGAGUCUCAAACGUCCUUUAUUUUAAUUCCUGCUUUUUUUAAACACAAACAGUACACUUGUGGAGAGUUGCAUUAAGGCUUUAAUUCUUGUACAGAUAUAUUUUCUGCAUUUCACUUGAGAAUGAAGGAAAGAGUUAUUAUGUAUGAACUGGUAGUUUGGUGGUCCUUACAAAUAUAGUUGACAGGUGCUCUUUUCAUUGUACCAAAAUUACAUGUAUGACAUUAUUGUACCCCCAUACGCUAUGUAAAAAUACGGAAACUUUAUUUUA